AAUAGAUUUAGAGUAUAAUAAUAAGAUUUGACAAGAUGCCGGUGUUCAGAAGUACUGAUCCUGAAGAGGUGAAAGCAGUCUGGGAGGCUAUCAGAUUGGUUAAUCACCAGAGGCAGGCUGCUGAUGCUUUUCGUUUGGGGAAAAAUGUUGCGAGGAUUCUAUCAAUUAAUCAAGAAGAAGGUGAGAACAUUGUAAGAAAAUGUCACCAGGAUGGUUUAUUGGUGCAAGUGCAUGCAGUGGGUGCCCGAGGCAAAAAGAGAGGAGUAGAAUCUCAGACCUACAAAAUACCAACAGAAAUUCCUUCGUUACCUAAACAUGACUGGUAUUGUUACGAGUGUCAUCUAGCCGGUGAUGUGACAGCAUGCCAAGGGUGCCACCGUGUAUUUCAUUCGACUUGUGGACAAAUCGAUACUGAUGAAAAGUGUUAA